UCGUUAGCAUUAAGUGUUUAUUUUCAAUCAUCUCUUCGAUUGAGGAAGAUUUACUUCAAUUUUUGGGGAUUUAUUUUAGCUUAUCAAGUAUAUCACCUUUUGAAAGGAGAAACGUUUUUGAAUUGAUAAAAAGACAGAUUUUUAAAACAAAAAGGCUUUAAAAUGUUAUUUGUUCUUCUUAUAUUUGUGAAAAAUAUUUUGAUAACAUCUGGGCAUCCCCAUGAAAGCAGAGAAAAUGAUGAACCAAUUUGUUCAAAAUUUGACUAUGAGGAAAAACUUUUAGAAAAAAUGAUAAGAAUGGAGAUGAAAAUGGAGAAGAUAAUCGAGGAAGUUAAUAAUAAAGAAAAGGACGUUAUGACCAUAGCGACCGAUGUGUCACAAAGAGUUGGCAAUGUGGAGAAUAACGCCAUUCAGUUUCAGCAUGAUGUCAACCAAACAAUGAUUGAGCUUUCUGAUAACUUCAAAGAAGAAACAGCUAAGCUUAAAACUUUAGCAGACAAGUCGCUGUUGCCUAUCGUCGGAUUCAACGCUCGUUUAUCUUCCACAAAAACUGUGAACACAGGGAACAAGGUCGUCUACGAUACCGUGAUAACAAACCAAGGCGAAGGGUACGAUAGUGUUACUGGAGUAUUCACUGCACCGCUCACUGGACUCUAUUUCUUCACAGCCCAUGUUUGUAAUCAAGGAAACAAGGUUGUUCAGUACGCAAUAUACCAAGAAGGCACACUCAUAACCACCAGUACACAGUAUGAUAAUGGCGGCGUUUAUACUUGUAGCUCUGUUAGCACCAUUGCCAUGGUCAACAAGGCGGAGCGGGUGUGGGUACAGAGUUUAGAUACCUCUGUGUAUUACGUCGACUCACGCAGAUGGAAUACAUUUGCUGGAUCGCUUUUGAUUAGACAAGUACGUUGAUUGUAUAAAAACCACUUAUUUGUUUAUAUGGUAAACCUGAACAUAUAUUAAUCACAUGACUCAACAUAAAACCGUGUAUCUGUAGAAUACACAUAGUUUGUAACACAAAAACGGGCACUUAAAACAACGUCAAAUACAUAUACUUUUAUUCAUCGUAAAAAGGAAUAUCCUAUUCUUUUGUUGUUUUCUAUGAAAACAUGAAAAUGGUUGAAGUUUGAAUUAAGAGUAAGAAAUUGUCCUGGUUUUCAUUAUCUGUUUCCUAAUUAUCUCAUUUAUAUCUUAUAAUGCUACUUAGCAAGGAGUUUUUUUAUUGAGAUUAAAAAAUGUCAGCUAAAUAUCAUGAAUGAAAAUUUGACCGAAACAAAGAAAAUUGAGAAAUUAAAGCAAAUAAAUAUUUUUCAAGAGAAAAUAACAAGCAUUUGUACUUAGCAUUUUGCUAUAUAUGUAUGUUUUGAUUUCGUUAGUAAAUUCAUCGUUAAAAGAACCCAUGACUCAUAAAUAAAAACACGCUUCCUGUUCAUAACAAUUAAGUCAAUAAUUCUAUAAUAUACAAUUUUUAUACUUGAUGUUAUCAGAUAACUUGACAAUUUAAAAAAAAGAAAUAGAAGAUCAACAGCAGAACAAUCCACAGACACAUUCCGCGUCCGUACUGUCUAUUUGUUUCUAAAUUUUAAAAAAUCACCAUUUUCCAUGUUUAAAUGAAUCCGUUGCUAUAGGGUGAGGACGGUAACAUGCACUUUACAGUGCCGUCCAUGAACAGGGCCUGCAACAUUUUCAGUUUUAUCGUUUUGAUCGUUCUUUUGGGAUUCCGUUUUCUCAACUUUUAUGCCAAGUGUUAGUAUUGUAUAGGCUUUGAAUUAGCUUUAUUAUAAUUUUUUUGCCAGAUAUAUAAAUCGCUUGACUUUUUUGUAUUCACCACGAUUAUAUGUCUCGGCACAUACUAUCUUUGUAAUUUCGAGUCUAUGGUUUUUAAAACCUCCUUCAUUAAUGUAGAGUUUAGGUCAUUGUUUAGUAAUCAAUUUGGAAGUUCGUUAAUAAAUGUCUUCCUGACUGAUGCCUGACGAUGAUAGGGUGAUAGCGGGUUGGGAAGUUUGCAGUCAUUUAUAUUAAAUCUAACACUGUCUGCUUUAUAUUCUUUAUUCGCUGAUUAAAAUCGUGAUAUAACACAUCAACAAAUCUAGACUUUUAACUCAACGACUUUUGUGCGGGAUAGCUUUUUUUGACGUGAUGAUGAUAGGGAAAUAAUAUUUAGAUGCUCGUACAUUGGU